UGCAACCUGAGCAUUGCGAGCAACUCUCCGGAGGACGCAAGCUUGCAGCUCGCGGAUGCGACUGCUGACCGAUGUCACUGCAGUGACAGGUCAUUUUCUCUGACUGGGGAGCGGUAUUUCAUUAUUUUUCAAAAAAGAUCUUUUCAUCUGUCUUGAUGUUUGGAAAUAAACCGUGCGUCGGUUGUAAGAAAGUGUGAGACUAGCAGACUUGACAACAGGAAAAGACAAAAGGACCUCCUAUGCGCUUUAUGCCUCAUUUGCAUCCAAGCUUCGUCAUGUUAUGAUUGUUUGAAAUGUCUUUUAGAAUUUGGCGCACGUCGAUGGAGAUCUGAACAUUUAAAAACAUUUCAAGGGAGUUGCCGUUUGGGAUUAAUAUUAGAGGCCUUGUUUGCUUGCUUAUUAACCAAGUGGACAGAGCACGUCAGCCAAUCUGAUGUUCUUGUAAACAAAGCCGCGGUUUCCGUUGCUUCCGCCGGUAGAUGCUCUUUUUUCUCACUUUCUUCCUUUGGAGGAUCUACAGACAUUUAUCAGUCAUGUUCAGCUCAGACCGUCUGACGGUGCCCGAAUACGUCAGCCGACUCCAGCGCGGGAGGAGCGGCUCCGGGGCCGAGCAGCCGAGACCGGUGUCUCCGGGGAUCCACGCUGACGUGCAAGCGGCUUUGGACGGCGCACUGCCCGCUCUGCGCUCCGCCAUUCAGCGGCUGAAACGCGCCAAGGAAACGUCCGAAUCUGACGAGACGCGCAGGGCCAUCGCGGAGAUCUACCAGUUAGUGGAGGAAGCCUGGGUUCUCCCCGCAGUGGGGCGUCAGGUGGCCGAAGCGAUCUGCAACAGGAUCCGGCUGGACGGAGCCCUGGAGCUCCUGCUACAGCUCCAGCAGACACCUGCUGUGGAGAUCACCUACGAGUCUGCUAAACUUCUGGAGCAGAUACUGGUCUCAGACAACAGAGAUUACGUAGCCCGUCUAGGGUUGGGGGUGAUCCUCAACUUGACCCGGCAGCAAGAAGAUGCCCAGCUGGCACGUAGUGUGUCAGGAAUCCUAGAGCACAUGUUCAAACACACCGAGGAGACGUCUGUCCACCUCAUCAAAAAUGGCGCCCUCGAUGCUCUGCUGUACUGGUGCAGGGGUACGGACCCCACUGUACUGCGUCACUGUGCUGUGGCCUUGGCCAACUGCGCCAUGUACGGCGGCCACCGCUGCCAGAGAUGGAUGAUCGAGAAGCAGGCCGCUGAAUGGCUCUUUCCUCUGGCCUUCUCCAAAGAAGACGAACUCAUUCGCUUCCACGCGUGCCUGGCCGUCACAGUCUUGGCAGCAAACAGAGAAAUCGAGAAGGAGGUGGUGAAAUCCGGCACCUUGGAGUUGGUGGAACCCUUCAUUGCAUCUCUAGACCCAGAUGAUUUUGCUCGCAGUUUGUCAGACAGCGCAGACUGCAUGCAGGGGAAGACAGCGUCUGACCUGCAGCACCUCUUGCCCCUUCUGGAUGGAACAAGACUAGAAGGAAAGUGUAUCGCGGCCUUCUACCUCUGCGUUGAGACCAGCAUCAAAUCCCGACAACGCAACACCAAGAUUUUUCAAGAGAUUGGAGCAGUGCAAAGCCUAAAAAGAAUCGUGAUGUACUCCAGCAAUGGAACGGCCUGUUCACUAGCCAAGCGCGCGCUCAGAAUGAUGGGAGAGGAAGUUCCCAAGCGCAUCCUGUCUUCUGUGCCGAAUUGGAAAACGUGCGAAGUGCAGACCUGGUUGCAGCAGGUUGGCUUCAGCACAUUCUGCGACCGCUUCCAGGAGCUCCAGGUGGAUGGGGACCUUCUGCUGAACAUCACAGAGGAAGAUUUGAGUCAAGACCUGGGCAUGACUGCUGGCAUAUGCCGCAAGAGGUUCCUUAGAGACCUUCGUGUGCUCAAAACGUAUGCCAACUAUGCCACGUGCGACCCACACAAUAUGGCUGACUGGCUGACGGAGGCAGACCCUCGUUUCCGCCAGUACACGUACGGUCUCGUCCAGUCGGGAGUGGACCGCAACAACAUCCAAACCUUGACGGAUCAGCAACUCUUGCAAGACUGUCACAUACUCAAUGGAGUCCACCGGGCCAAGAUCCUCGCAAUCAGUCGGAAACCGCUGAGACCCUGCAACACGGACGCCCAGCCUGCGGGACCAGAUGUGUUCAUCAGCUACCGCCGGACUACCGGAUCUCAACUAGCAAGCCUUCUAAAGGUGCAUUUGCAAGUUCGAGGGUUCAGUGUCUUCAUUGAUGUGGAAAAGCUGGAGGCUGGUAAAUUUGAAGACAAACUGAUUCAGAGUGUCCAGCGAGCUCGGAACUUCAUCCUGGUCCUGUCUGCCAACGCUUUAGACAAGUGCAUGGGGGACACAGCCAUGAAAGACUGGGUGCAUAAGGAAAUAGUCACCGCCUUGGCUGGUAAGAAGAACAUUGUCCCAGUUACGGAUUACUUUACAUGGCCCGAUCCCAUGUCUCUGCCAGAGGACAUGAGAUCAAUUCUCAACUUCAAUGGCAUCAAAUGGUCCCAUGAAUAUCAAGAGGCCUCAAUUGAGAAGAUCCUCCGCUUUCUAAAGGGAAACCAAGACCUCCUUGAUAGCACCAAAGAGCAAAAGAAGAAGUGAAAAUAAUUUGGUUAGAAUAGCUCUUUACAGAAGCCUCCUGCUCAGACCUUUGUGCAUGUGAAGCUAACUUGACAAUAUUAACACAAUGGCUGCCAUAGAUGGUGAAGACGUUCAAUCAUUGAACUGUUGCCAUCAAUGGAGGUGAAUGAGUUAAAAGCUUAAAGAAAUUAUAUAUUGCAAAUAAUAUUAAGUCUUAAUGGAUUGUGCAUAAAACUGUGACCCUCUGUUCUUAAUAAUGUGCUAUCAGGUACAGCGUACACCUUUUUUGUCUCAGGAACAGUGAAAGGAUUAGCAGUUAUGUUGUUCAGCCAGUAAAAUCAUAGCAUCAAAAUGUAAUUUUUGUUGAGCUUACAUUCAAAAUAAAAUUUACACUUAACACACAAUUUGUCUUUGGCAUUGGAACAUGCAAUAAUAGCAUAUAGUUGAAUCCAUGACACAACCUGUUCAGAUUUGUGGUCCUGUUGUCCAUGGCAUUACAUGUUAAGCAUGUAAAUACUGUAUUGUUUCGCCAGGCAAAUUGUUUCCUCUUCUGUGUAUUUAUGAGAAAGAACCUUACUGUACACGUAGUAAAACAUAAAACACAAAUAUAAAUCACAGGGCUCUAGACCUGUUGACACCAACAGUCACAUUCUUCAAUAAUGCAGAGGUGGAAUUCAAUAUUUACCUGAUGACGUAAUAUUCAAUUAAACAGCUUCAGCCAGACAAAUUAUGUCCAGCAUUAUUUUGCAUAUACUGAACAAUUAUUGUCACAUUCAUACUGUAUUGUGAGUA